AUGGAGUCCUUUCUUGCCAACGUGGACAGCGCGCAUCUCAAGGCGCGACUGAACAAAAUCAUGGCGGAUGUGAACGCUGUCACAUCCGACGCGGCGGCCGCCGUCGUUUCGGUGAAAAGCAGCGAGGAGGCGGGCCAGUGCGUUCUCGAGUUCGUGAAGUUCUUUGCGUCAGUGGCGGAGCAGCACGGCACCACUCCACACGCCGUCCUCGGCCAACACGUCGUGUCCAAUGUGCUCAUCUUCGUGCUGGAGCGAAUCGUAAAGCCGAACCUCAUGACGUACUGCCGCGUCGCGGAGAGGCACGCUGCGAUCGCCGUGGCAGCCUCUGGUGAUGCCACCAGUUCAGCGCGCUGCCCAGCGACGAAACUCGGAUCCGGAGCCGCCUCCGCGGCCACCGGACGCCGCGACGCACUGGAGGCGCGACGGCGGCGCCUGCGCCGUGACAUAAUUCACCCCUUUACCCAGCUGUUCCAGAGCCUGCACACCUCGCUCGCCGAAGAGGGCGAGCCGCUGAUGUCCUGGACCACGGAGGGUGGUGGCAGAACACCGGGGGCAACUCGGAGAGCUGCUGCCUUGCGCGCCGGUGGAAGGCAUGAGGAGCUCCUGGCGAGCGCAUCGCCCGGCGAUGCGCCACCCAAAUCUUCUUCGGCGUUCGGAGGCUCUCAAACGGGCGAGCAGUGCGCCGGCGAACGGAGAGGCCGGGACGACGUCUGGGGCACAGGCGACAGCGCCCACGAGGACGGGCUGCUGAUCAGCGGCGCCAGUGACGCCUUGAGUCAGGCGCCGCUGCUGUGGAAGAGCGCGUCCCCGCUCAACAUGCUGUGCAAUCACAUUCUCGAAGUGCUGGAAAGUCAGUGGCUUGUCGCCGUUGUCGGCGCUGACUACGCGGCGCUCCUCAUCGAGGUGCUUCGGUGGUCCGGCUACGCUCGCCUGAUCACGCCAACGUACCUGGUACGCCUUUCGGCGUGUCUCGUCACGCUGAUUCAACGUGUCUCCACGGCGGAGGAGGCUGACGCCGACACGCUGACGGUGGCCCCGAAUCUUGUGGCUCAGACGGUGGCCGACGGGCGACUCUGGGUGGCUGCCCCAUGCGCUGACGACGCGUGUUUGUACGCACAGGUGCUCAUGCGACUCUGCGCACUGCCACAGAUAACCACAGCCUACCCGCCAUCGUCAUCCACGGGGACCGAUGCUGGCAUGCAUGGCGGUGGUGGUGCCGCAGCGGCACUGGCGUUCGUGCAGCGUGUGAUCGAGGUGGUGAAGGCACGGCAUCGCGCCCCGACACCGGAUUUACGGCUCGAGGCCUACUGCAUCGCGGCGCUUCGGCAACUCUGCCAUCGGUUUCGCUACGACCACCCCAUCGCCGCCCGCGCGCCGGUCGAGGUGGUAAAACUUGUCUGCGACUUCUUCUUCCUGCACCACCACACGCCCCGCCAUGAUGUGUGGCGGCUAGAGACGAUGCAGUUCUUGACGGUGGUGCUGUCCGUUGCACUCUCUGACGUUGUGGGCGAGGAGCUGUGGCAGGACUUGCACGCACACAGCCGCCGCGCGGCAGCUGAUGCCGACGCUGGGGCGGCGAUGGUGUCACCGGACGCACGCGAGAUGAUUUACACAGCGAAGAGUAGCGAAAGAGCAGACCUCGUCGACCGACGAGGCACAACGGGCGCUGCAGCGGUGGCCAACCGGCUGCUGCAGCCUCCGACGAGGCACCUCGUCGUUCUCCUUCACCAGUCUGUGUUUCCGACGAUGCAGCUCAUAUUUACACAGCACCGGCACGAGUACAGCUUCACCUCUCGUCGCGAACUCUUCAGCUUCCCGUGCUCGCCACUGCAGGAGGUGUUCGACUUUGGCGCCGUGGUGCUCUACGUAACGUCCAUUACACACAGCGCCUACUGCCGAUGGAAAGCUGCGCAGGAGAAUCGUUGUGGCGGCGGCGGCACCACGCGCUGUGGCACAGCAACCCAUCAGGAGAAGGAGUGGGCAGAAGAUGACGAGGACGAAGAGCAGAUGCAGCGUCGCGGCGCUGGAACGGGGGCGAGGCGCGCGUGCAAGCGCCUUCGGGACACCGAGUCAGGCUACGGUGACGCGGUGGAUGAAGUGGCAAGGGACAAGGCUGUUGAUGCGUCGGACGCUGCACGGGCACCACCACCGGCGAGCCCCCAUCCCGCGCAGCUCCUUGCUGGCGCGCUACAAGAGGAGUUUUUCAUACCCGCCGGGCCACUGGAAAACUGCGCCACCGCCGGUAGGGCUACCACUGCCGGGCACAAUGACCAGAAGCGCCCUCCGCAAUCUGCAGCUACUGUGACUCGACGCCGAGCCGGCGGCGCCCCACUCGUGCUCCGCAUCGGCACGUCGAGCAUCCGCGCCAGCAGCGCCGCCGUACAGGACGUUGUGUCUGACGCUGCACUUUUUCUGCUGCAUCUCUUUGCCCAGCCGUGCGCAACGCUGCGGGUGCCGGAGACCGUCGCCGACGGCCUUGUCGAGGAUGUACUCCUUCCACUGUGUGGCUACUUUGGGCUUCGGUUGGGGCAGCUGCUCCUUGCGGCCGUGCAGGCGGUGAUGCCGCGCUGCAGUCUUGCGACACAGCAGUACGCCUUCGCGGUGGUGGCGCAGCGCGCUCUGCCGACUGUGCCGCCGGUGGUAGCGCGCUGGGCGGGCUGUCUGGACAGCGUCAGCAGCAGCCGUGUCCCUGUCGCCAGAAAUGACGAGGACGUGCUAGCUCCCUCAGAGCCGGUCUAUCAUGUGCUGGUCGUCCUGCUGGAACAGCAUCUGCACCGCCGGCACGAGUUGAGGCUAUCGACAGCAACCCCGGAUGGUGCGCCGAGGAGCGGCCAAUCAGCGGGCGCCGUUGGCAGCGGACAGCCGGAUGUGUCGUCUGGAAGUCUGCUCAGCGGCUUGCUGCUUUCCUGGGGUGAUCACCACCGCGCCCUCAUCCAGCGCGGCGUGGCGCGACUGCACGCGUGGGAGCAGGACAUGCGUCGCGUGUGCGAGAGUGCAGGGGCGACAGCAGUGCCCGCCGGGGUGGGCAGCGGUGCCCCCGACGCGCCGCUCCCGCUGCUCGCCGCCUCGCUGGCACUGCUGCUCACCCGAUUUGCCGCGCUCGUGCAGUGCACGCGGCUGUGGGAGACGACGCUGUGCCCCUCCACCGCCAUGCCGGCGGACCCUGGGACGACGGAAGCGGAGCCGCCGCGGCGCCACGUCGUGGACGACGACCACACGUGGGGCCUCAGCGACGGUCCCGCGGGAGACGUGGGCCUCAGCUUCUUGUGCCACGUCGCCGCCAACGCCACGCUCUUCCACGGGUCUGUGCCGGUCCUUACGCGUGCGUCGGACGGCGGCAGGCACACCGGCGACGUCGCCGGUGGUGGAGUACGUGUUGCCGGGCAGGCAAUUGGGAUCGGCACGGAUGUCCUGACGGUCACGAGCGCCUCCCCAGGAGCGAGGAACGCGCUGACUGGUGCCGACACGGUGGCGCUCUUCUCUGCUGCUCAGUUUACAGCGUGGCUGGAUCUAGCGGAGACCUACGCGUGCGUCGCACUGCGCAUGUGUCUCGCGCGCCAGCAGGUGGCGGAGCAGACGGAGAUGGCGAACUCACUGCGACUUGGUCAAGUGCCAGAACUGGGUGGCAUGCCCUCUCUCUCCACGUCAUCGGAGGCCAUGGCGCCUCACCUGCAAGGACCCCUUCGCCGUGAGGUGGGCGCUUACGUUGAACACGUGUGCACGCUGCUCGAUGCGGCGGUGACGUCACCGUCGUCACAAGUGCCGGCAGUGCUGUGUGACGCAGCUGACGCGCACUGGAUGCUUCGGCUUCCACUGCGAAAGGGAGUGGACUGCACUGAUGUGCGAAACAGCAGUGUCGCUGCGGAGGAGGUGGCGGCAAUAGGCGAGGAUGCGAAGACAGACACGGAUGCGGCUGCGUUCGGAACAGGAGUGUCACCGCUCCAAAUGGCAGUGCCUCGCCGAGCAGCGCCACAGGCGUUCCAGGUCAUGUUGACCUUGAGUGCGCAGGCGUCUGUAGCGUGGCUUAUGAGGCGCGCCCAGCUGAGACACGCACUUGCAGCGUUGACGCCUGCCGCGGUAUCAAGGCAGGAGGGCUACCGCAGAGGAGGCGGCGGCCCACCCGAUACUCACACCGCCGUGCGGACGGGCUUGGAUGCGUCGGCGAUGGCACUUACAUUGAGCGUGCAGUGCGUGCAACUUCUGCAUCUCCUGCUGCGGUGGCGCCGCGCUGCACUGUGGUCACCACCGGAGGAAAGUGCGCACGCGCGUGACGGCGUCGAUGCCGCUGGAGAACGCGGCGCUGCCACUGCGGGGGUGGCGAAGGUCACACCAUUUUUGCGCCCCGCAGCGGAUGGCACACAUGCCAGCGCAGCGAGCGGGUGUGCCGAGGGCGCCGCCGCUGAUUUCGACGUGGGCGAAGAGGCGUCGGCCGCUCGCGAAGACCUGCGCUUGCUGCGUACCUCUCCCGAUCUCUACGCGGCUCCUCUCUCUCUGCUGGAGCGCUUCUCGGCCGCUGGCGGCGGCCGCCUCUACUACGCGGUGUUGUGGCUGUGCCAUCACGUCGCUGCCGAGCUCGACCAGGCGCACGCCGUCGGCGUGUUCUUUCCGCUGUGGACGGCUCUGCAUAUCUUGUUUCGCGAUGUUGGCACGGUACUGCUGGACCCGGCCUUCGCCUGCGUCGAUUCUCGGCACACGAUUGCGCGUUUUACCGCCGCGCUGACCGCGCGGAUCUUCGAGGAUGGCGUGCGCGGGCUCAGUCGAUGGCGCCCCUCUAAUCCGACAUCUCGGGAGGUGACGCACAUUAUGGCGGUAUCGCUGCACACGUCGGUGGACACGCUGCGCACGGUGCUGUGGGCCAUCUCGCGCACACGCAUCGACGCCUACGUGAUCGAGCCGCUCGCUGAUACCUCUGCGAUUUGCCGCACCAUUGUGGCCCUGCUGCGCGAUCAGCACCUCCUUGAUACGGCUGCUGCAGACUCGUGCUCGACAGGCGACUCUGCUCGAGGGAGUGGCGAAGGUGACGCAGCAGCCCUGGGCGACAUCCUCUUGCCGAGCCAUCACCGACUCCUUGAAAGACUUCCUUUUCUGCCGACGAUACUGCUGGCCCUCCCACCUCUUCUGCACCUCCUGGCACUCAUCGGCUGCUUGCCGCCACCGCCCGCUAAGGAGGACACAGGCGCCGCUGAGGGUUUGCUAUGCUGCCGGGCCGUGGUACAAGUUCUGCAGGUGCUAUUCGUGCGUUACCGCUAUCAGCUGGGACCAGGUCUAUGCAGCGGCUUCCUCUGCGGGACUGUCGCUGACAUCCGGUGGCUGGACGUACGCAGGCGUCCUGCAACCUUGCGGGACGCUGGUGCGCAGGGCUCGCAGGGGUGCAGCGAAGCCGCCACAUUCCUCUACGCGCACGAGGGGCGUCUCUUGGAGCGGUGGACGGCUCAGCUGACGGACCCCAGUCGCGUGGACAUGCCAGUGUGCACUCCUGCGUGGCAGCGCGCGCUGCUCCAGGCGGCCUUCGCGGUGCUACCGCGCUGCGAGCCGGGUGUUGCCGAAGUGCUCGGGCGCUUUAGUUUCGAGUUCCUCGCCGAGAAGACGCCGUAUGAGGUGCGUCACCACGCGGCGCUGCAGGUGGGCACGCUGUUCCGCACCUUCUCCGCACGGCGCACGCAGGUGUUCCACAGCCUCCUCACAAAGGCGCGAGAAGGCAUGCUCUCCUCCACCGAAACGCUGUGCUCGACGAGCCUGCUUGCCUUGUCGGAAGCGGUGCGGGCGGCACCGGAGCUGCUGGUGGACGUGCUGUACACCCUCCUCGAGUGCUGGGCAACCCGCGGUUUUAGGCAUCAUCCACUUGUGGUGGCGUGCCUUGAGCGGGUGUCGGCGUGGGUGCUGGAGGGCGCCGGCUUGGCGGUGGCACUCGCCAGUGGCGCAUCGCUGCCACGCUCGCUACCGUACACCCACCUGUGCCGCAUGCAUGUCCGACCCCUUCUCUUCAAGUGGCUGUGCGAGUACCGUCAUCCUCCGGCGGCGCUGCCGGUGGAGUGUUUUGGCUACCCGACACAGACCGCGUUCGUCGUGCAGCACCUCGACGUGCUGUCGCCGCUGGCGCUGCUGCUUCUGACGGAGGCCACGGAGGAGCAGUGGUCCCUCGUCGCCACGCGUCGCGGCGGGGGCCGAUGCGACGCCGCCUCAGCAGAGGGCAGCCUUUACGAGAGAUUGGUUGCCGCAUACGCUGACACCCUCGUGGCGAAGGCCGCGAAAGAAGGUGAACGUGCGGGGGAGGCGUUGGGUGCAGCGAGACGGCGUCGCCGAACGGAGGCAAGUGGCAGUGAUGCGACCGCUAAGCAGGACGAGGUCCCCGAGGCUGAAUUGCAGACGGAUGCCACUGCCGUGUCGGACGCGGGCGUUCUCCAUCGCCUCGCUCCUCUGUGCAUGUUGCUGGCCUACUUUCCAGGCAUUGUGACGCAGCUCCUCGUCUUAGCGUCUCACGCGCCGGUGUCGCCCUUUACCGGCGACGCCGCGGGUCUCGCCGAUCCUGGAAAGGAAAGGGACUCCCGCGAACGUGCCGGCUGGCCCCGUCGUAUGGGGCACGCGGACGCUGCGGUCGAGUAUCGCGGCAGUGGCGGAGGCCACCCGAGUCGUGCAAGCGCAUCCGACAUGACGCCAACGUGGGCCGCAGUGGCACAGCGGUGCCUGUACUGGCUCGAGGCGCAGUUUAACACGGCUGAGGCGACGAUGCUGGCCCAAAGCAUUGGCCUGGUCCUCACCACCGGCCGCCGACAGGUGAGCGGAGACUCGGCGCAGCCAACGUUCAGCGCCGCUGCGGCACGGGCAGUCCUGUGCAACCCCGCGACGGCGUCGAGCGCCGCGGAAGUGCUGCUCUACUACCUGCAGCAUCGAAGUGCGUGGCCACACAAGCGGCGUGCGUUCGACGUGGUGCUCGCCGCGCAGGCGGACGCCGUGAUGGAGGCCUUAGUAGUGCUUCACCGCACCACUGCCGAGGUAGGAACGCUCGUCUACGGAACGCCGGAGCAGCUGCAGCGGGCCCUCUCUUGGGUGGCCGAGAAGAUCACUUCCGUGCCGCUACCGAUGCCUGACUUACGCGACCCGAGGACGCAGCAUGCGAGCUCGGCCGAGGGCUGUGGCGCAGCGACUGCUGAAGAGGAGACAACGCAAGGGCUCGUUCCUCGCUGCACUUCAAGCGACCUCGCAUACUGGGAGGCGUACUGCCUCGCCCUGCUCGUGCCCCCUGCAGCAGCGCCAAACGGCGAGCUCCACUCGCCAGUGACUGACAUGCCGAGUGCCAGGCAAUCUGUCGAUGCUGCAGCCCUCACGGAGGACGUCAUGACAAGGUUCUUGCUGCAAGGCAACAGCACCUACCUCUACGCGCUCCUGCACGCGGCAUACCGCAGCAGUGCGGCACUGCCGUCCCUGGAGCUGCAGUUCCGCGCACUUCAGCAGUUAUCGUUGCUGGCGCACAUCGCCACCUGCUGGUGCUCCGCUCGUGUCCUCGCGGAGCCGCAGGCGCUUCGACUGGUGCUCUCACACCUUCUUCACUGGCUGCGACGCUCCCCUGCGGCGGCGGUGCGGCAACUCGUCUGCAACGCGCUGCUGCAUGUCUGGCAGGUUGCCAGAGCCGGCCGCGGUAACGUCCCGCGCCAGAGAGGAAGGGGGCCCACUCCAGCGACCCAGCAGCGCCACUGCCGACUCAUGCUGGCGCGCAGCCUGGCACCAUUGACGGCUGUGUCGCCGCUGAUCGCCGCGACGUGGGCGGCGCUGUGCCGCAGUGACCCAGACCUGAAGCGAUCGGAUUGGCAGCAACGGAUUCUUGCCUACCUUGCCGACACAGAGAGCCAGCGUGCGACACGGGUAGUCGCGGCGACAGCUGCGGAGGGUAAGGAACGGGUGCUUGCGCGUGGCGCCAUCAGCUUCGAUGAGCCCACGGACGACGAGGCGGAGAGAAAUGAGGAAGGUGUGGCGCGCGAUGGAGCUCCCGGGGCGUCUGCCGGUGCCGGCGCUGUCGAAUCCGAAGCUGCCCCCGGCGGCUGCUCCCUUCCGCUCGAUGGGGAGCAGUGGACGUGGGCCAUGUACGAGGCUCAACGAUCCGCGUGCUUGGCACCGCUAUCCAGCCCGCGUGCACGCGGGCGGCUCUUGGGACUUCAACGACUUCUUCGAUACGUCUCGAGGCACGACGAGGAGGACAGCGACGAGGCGCUCGAGGACGUCCCUGGCACCGUGGAGGAACACGGAAGCAACGCUGACCUGGAUGAGCUCGCGCCACCGGAGAGUUGUGCUGUUUCCAUGCAGCUUAUCGUCGAGCACGCGAGCGCCUUACCUCUUCCCUCCGCUCCGCUGCUCCAGGACAUCACCGUGGCUGUGGACUCAGCUCAGGCGCUGCUCGUGCGGUGUCUUCAUGUCGCGUCCGUGUGCCUUCGCGCCGGCCAUGUACCGCCGGUCGCGGCAGGGCCCACGGCGCGCUGUCGCUCUCGCGUGCGAACGGGCGGCUCGCUGCGACCGGCGGAGUGGUCAGCACUUGACGUGCGUGCUGUCCUGCUGGAUACCAUUCAGCACCUCUAUCGCGUGUGCCACUGCAACAUGGCGGCUCUCCCAACGGAAUACGCGGACGCAGCGGACCGGUUUCGACCUCUUUCACCGGUGUAUGUAGCCGACGAGGACGCGCACGGUGUCCAUGCGACACGCCUGCAGAUGCUGUCCGCGGACGCGGCCGAUGAGCAGCUGCUCUCCGCCUUUCGACUACUUCGCGCGCUCGCGCUCUGCGUUGUGUUGAGCGGAGAGGCAGCUACGCUUCCUCCCUGCGCGGCGGCCAAAUCAAGUGCCCCAUCCGGGAUGGGGUCUGGAUCAGAAUGGCUGCGGCAUGAAGCGCAACGCAGCGGCGCGUCAGCCAGCACGCUCCUUGCGGCGAGCGAGUCGGGAAUGGCAGACGACAGCAUGCCAAGCAACCAAACUGCAGAAGAGAUGGUUGCGGGAAUGCUCGCGCAAGCGUACGCGCAUCAGCUGCGCACGCUCGAGCAACUCGUCUGGUGCGGUGAUGCUGACGCCUCGGAGCUGGGUAUGUGCGCGCUGCGUACGUGGGUGCUGUGCAUCGCGUCGAGUCUGGACAAGAAGGAUGGGGCGGAGCUCAUAAGGCCGGCAGAGCCGCUGUCAAACUUUGAUGAGGCCGUUGCCCAGCUUGUGGUGAGCGCGUGGCGGCAGCAGCUGAUCAUGCCAUCCGCCGCCACCGCUGCCGCCGCCGGCGCGCGUGUCGGGGCGAGUGGCCGUGAGCAGAUGCCGUCUCCGAAAGCACGCGUGCGCUGCUGUCUUCAACGGCAUCUUGCGUGGGUGACGCGUAGCGGCAGCUGCGGCUCACUGGCAUGUCGACGGCGCACCGAAGGUGGCACGCGUGGCGGCGCCGCCGACACCCAUCUCCGGAGCCCGUCUGUGUGGGCACCGCUACGGCAGUGUCCACCGAACCAACGCGCGUUUCUCUGCCGCUUCGUGUUGGCCGCUGCCAAUACCUACGGCAUACUGAAGAAGAGUCUACUGUGGGCAGCGUUGGUGCCUCUGCUGAUGGCGGAGUUGAGGACUGCGGAGGGCCCUACGGCGGUGCCAACAUCAUCGGCUGGAUUACCUGCCUGCGACCUUGAUGGCGUGCACGCGGCAUGCAACAGCGCAGGCAGCAAUGUGCGCAUUGCGGAGCAGCUGCUUCUCCCUGUGCUGCUGCAUGCACUGUGCUUGCGCGAGAGCGAAGGUCAGCGCGCAGUGCGACAGGAGUGGAGUAGACAGCUGGAUCGGUACGUCUUUCAGCAGGCAGAGCGCUGCACGCACACUACACGUCUGUUUCUCCAUGUCGUUGAGCAGUGCCAUGCGGUGCUGCUUCGGUCCACGCGCCAGCGCGGCCUCAAGGGAGCCACGACGGCGUCAGCUGGUCGCGCCAAACCGACUGCUUCUUCCUCUGCAGCAUCAGCAGCAGCUUCGAGCGACGGCGCACGGGCGGAGGCGGUUCUAUGGCCAUCGACCCUCGGUUCUGUGCCAUCCUUGCAGGACAUGGGCGAGUGCUACUGGCUCAGCGACAUCCCCGCUGCGCGCCUUGCUCGUGCUGCGGUGCGAGUAGGCGAGCCGCACGUCGCCCUCCUGUUCUCCCAACUCAGCGGCGAGUCGCUUUACGGGCCACGCACAGGCGCUGCGGCGCUCUGUGGGGAGUCGGAAACGACGCAGUCGGCUGUGAUGCUUCGCGAUGGUGCCGGCGCCGGCGAAGCGGUGCUAGCCGUGUCAAGCGCACCCUACUCGAUACUGUUUCCGUUUGCCAAGCCGGGCGACUACCCCUCCGCCGCAUCUGUGACGCAUGCAGUCGGUGGUGGCGCAACCCGCAGCGGUGGCCGCGCCCGCGACCGCCACGACGCUGUACGGCAGCAGACUCGGUCGUUUGCGGAGGACAUCUUCGACUUGUACACGUCGGUGCAGGGGCAGUUAGAGCUGGAUGAUGUCGUGGGGGUGUCGCUCAUGAUACGGCUGCAGUCUGUCACGAGCGCUCAACCGCACGGCGACGGCGCGAAGUGGUGUUCCUUGGUGGGCGGCGGACCUGCCCUGAGCGCGAGCCUCCUGGGCUCGGCACGUAGCCGGUCCAGUGGCCGUGCCAUUUGCCGAGUCGCGAGCUACCGCGAAAGCGGCGUCAUGUCCGCAACGUCGCUCGCAAGCGGGGCGGACGACAGUCUAGCCGCUGCACCUUCCGCUGCGGCUGCCUGGUUGGACGAGAUGCGUCUCUUGGAGGAGAGCGAGACCCACCACGCCAGCGGCAGGCUCUGUGGCGGUGACGUGCCACGUGCUGGUGCGGCGGCUGAUAGCGGACUCGGCGGUGCAACUGUCGAAGUUGCAAGACACAGUGCCGCGCUGACGGGCGAGGUGCAGGAGCGGCGGCCCGACCCCGGGACAGCACACUUACAGCGUGCAGCGCUUCUCCUCCAGCACGGCUUCUCCUCCACGGCGUUGGACGUUUUACUGAGUCUGCAUCGGACCGAGCGGCGACGGGAAGCCGCCGUGCGGCAUCGCAGCGCCACUGUCGCUGCGGAACGCGGCGUCACGGACGACUCCGUGCGUGCUUGCAGUGCCCCGGAGCGCGCUGCCGGCAGGGGCGCAGCAGUACUCGGGCCGGAGGCGUUCUUGACAGGUGCGACCGGCGAAGCGAUCGACGCUGCUGCUGGCGACACCGAUACGUUGUCGUCGUGGACGCCCGCACACGAGGCGUCGCUACAGGCCUUGCUCGCCGAGGCCACCUGGAAGUGCGGGCGGUGGUCCUGUGGCGGUGGGGUCGCUGGCGACUGCCCCGGCAGCUGCCCAUCCGAGUGCGUGCCCCGCGCAGUACUAGACCGCCUUUCGCUAUGCGGGAACACGGGGAGACCAGAAUCCCGUGGCGCGUCGUUGAUGCCCGCGUCAGCGGGGAGGUUUUACGUUCACCUUCUCAGCGCCUUCAUUACUCUCACGAAUGAGCAGCCGCUGCUGAGCAUGCAGUACGUGCGCCGCGCCGAGUGGGCCCUGCGUCAGCAACUGUCCCCUACUACCUUCGUGACGACCAUCGUGGCGGCAGAGGCGCUCAAUGAAGUGCGUGACUGCGCGGCGCGCUUCUUAGCAGCCGAUGCAGCCGCGAAGAAGGGCGAAACAGCGAAACCAUCGCGCGGCCGCGGUGCCGCGCCGCAGUGGACGCGAGGCAACCGAGUAGUCGAGCUGCCCAUGUGGCUUCAGAGCCUGCGUGACGACUCGGUAGCGCGCGGAUCAGGUCGGGACGCUGCCGAGUUGCAGACGGCGCGGGUGCCGAGCACUGUCGACUACGCCUCCAGGGAGCUGCUCGACUCCGUACGCCAUGCGCUGUGCCAGGUCUACGGCGACGGCGAAGGCUGGUACCAAUUUGUGCUCGGGGCGACGGAGCAGGCGCUGCUGAAUCAAGACGCGGCCGCGGCGCACCGUUUUCUUUGUGACUGGAAAGAGCAGCACGUGGAAGGCACGGCCGGCGAAGGUGAGCCGGCAUCGCCGUCGCCGGCGAUCGGGGGCACCGUCGUGACAGAGGUGCGGGGACGCGCGCGACAACUGGACCUGGUACUCCGCACGGCACAGAUUGCCUACGGCCUCGGCAGAUGGCAAGAGGCCCUAGCGCUUCUUCAGCCGGCCGCCGCGGCGGCACGCGGCGAGGCACGCCUCGCCCACUGUAAUGUCGCCCUACCGCGUACCGCACCUUGGCAUGCCCCACAGGAGCCGCGUGUGAUCCAGCAGCUGAUGGUGUGGCACAGGGAACUCCGGCUGCUGCCGCCCUCGCAGCUCGUGCGUGAUCCGUUUCUCUCGCGCGCGGCGGCUUCUGACAGUAGCGGCGCCUGCAGCUUCCUGCUAGCGCGUCUGUGCCACACACUCGCCGAAGACAUCGCUGCCCGGCUGACAAGCCACGAGCAUCGGCAGCUCUGCGAAAGCGUGGAGGAAUCGAAGCGGCUCAAGGCGGACCUGGAAGCGCAGCUAGAGGCAGCGACGCAGCCGAGCACGGGGCGGGCUGCCGCACCACUUCACCGCCCGCCCAGUGUGGCGGAGCUCGAUGCGACGACGGGAGCCACGACGGCGGCGGUGCCGCCCGCACUGGUGAAGAGUGCUGGCGUGGCACCUCUGAGAGAAACGCGCGGUCGCUCUGCCGUCGCUGAUGCGGCAGCGGAAGCGGCUGUUGGGGCCGCGCCAACUGUAAUCCUCAGCGAAGACCAACUGCGCGUCAUACGGCGACGAAUCCGUGAGCUUGCUGGCGACAUCAAGCGCCUUGAAGACGAGUGGCAGAGUGAGAAGUCCAAUUUUGGGCUGUACCGCCGCAGCGCCAUCAACGCCUACUCGCGGUUUCUGCAGUUUAACCAAGUGGCGCAGCAGGGUGCAGCUCGCGGCGUCACGGAGCACACCCAUCGAGGCGCGGCCGCUCGGUCAGAGGUGAAGUGCCUUCCCGUGGACCACGAGGAGGACGUUGUGCAUGCCGUCUUCGGGUUUGUGGAGCUCUGGGUGAAUGCCGCCGACAUGGAGCAGGGUGGCGGCGAGGUGCUGAGCAGAGUACUUGACAAGGCCGUCGAGCGAAUCCCGACCGCCGUCUUUGUGCCGCUGGCGGGGCAGCUGACGGCGCAGUUAGGUGACCAUCGCGAGGGGGAGCGGCUGGCCUUCCUCGUUGCCCGACUCGCACGGGAUUACCCGAUGCACGUUGUGUGGCCGCUGCUAGCCCUCUACCACGGCCACACGUUCGGCAAAUCGCGAGAUGUCAACACGCUGCACAACGUGGACGAGGCGAAGAUCACAGCGGCGCGUCAGCUCCUCGCCGGGCUGGCCUCCGCGCAGAGCACCGCGAGCGCUUUAAGUCGCGCUGGCCACAGCACCUCGACCGCCGCACUGCUGCCGACCCAGAUCCGGCAUGCACAGCUGCUGAGCUCGGCGUACCUGGAGCUUGCGCUUGACCGAAGUGCCGCCACGGCGCAGGUGGGGAAGCGCCACGCGAUUUGCAAAGACUUCAUGCUGAUCAAGGACGCGUGCCAUCUUGCCAUCCCCCCGCCCUGCUCCGUGGAUCCCUUCGUUACACCGGCCGUCGCUGGAGGGGCAACGCUCGCGGUGCCGCGUGUGAUGCGGUACCGCGACUACUUCACGACGCCUGGUGGGGUGAACGUGCCAAAGGUGCUGCAGUGCGAGCUGAGCGAUGGCACGGUCGUCCGGCAGCUGCUGAAGGCUGGCGACGAUCUGAGGCAGGACGCGCUGAUCGAGCAGGUGUUCGCCACCGCGAAUCGUCUGUUUCGUCGACGCUCCGCGACGCGGCCGCUGCAGAUUCGCACCUUCACAAUUGUGCCGCUGGCUCCGACGGCCGGUAUCCUGCAGUGGGUGGAGCACACCAUCCCGCUUGGCGAGUACCUGACGGGCCGCUACACCGGCAAGGAGGAAGUGCCCGGCGCUCAUGAGCGGUACUUCCCGGGCGAGCCGAACACGCGGGAGUGCCGGAUCCAGCUGCAGAACGCGCCGCAGAGCAGCAAGUGCCAGGUGCUCUUAAGCCUGUACGAGAAGUUCACGCCCGCCCUGCACUACUUUUUCUUGGAGGAGUACCUGUCCGCCCAGGUGUGGGUGGAUCGACAGCAAACCUUCACCCGCAGCGUUGCGGCGUCGAGCAUCGUCGGCUACACUGUGGGGCUGGGCGAUCGGCACAUCAACAACAUACUCCUGCACAAGGGAACGGCGGAAGUGGUGCACAUUGAUCUCGGCAUCGCCUUUGAUCAAAACAAGCUGCUGCCUGUACCGGAGCUUGUCCCGUUUCGACUCACGCGCAACAUGAUCGAUGGCCUCGGUGUGCGUGGCACGGAGGGAAGUCUGCGUCCGUGUGCGGAGGCAGCGAUGCACCUGCUGCGCGGCAAGCGCGAGCUGAUUCGCACGAUAUUGAGUUCCAUCAUGCACGAUCCCUUGGCGCGCUGGGCCAUCGGCUCGCCAACGCACGCGAAUCACAUAAUGGGCGCCGGCGCAGGUGACAUGCCGCAGGAGAGUAACACACGGCAGCCUGCGCCGGUGCGCACGCACGGCAGUAGCGCCGACGCCGCUCGCACACUUGCCCGCAUCGACGCGAAGCUGCGCGGCUACGACGGUGGCGACAUGCUUAGCGUGCCAACGCACGUGCGCAAGCUGAUGGAGGAUGCGCAGCGGGUGGAAAGCUUGGCCGUGAUGUUUCCGGGCUGGUCGCAGUGGGUGUAG